GUAGAGCUCCGUCAGUCUUUCGGCGUUUUGUUCGCUAGCAGGUUGAUAAUCCUGCCGCCUCCUCGUGCGCGCCAGCCUUGUCAGACUUUGAAAAAUUGUAACGUUUCCCAUUAUCAAUAUUGUGUAAACAAACUACAUAUCACGAUAGUAAUUAAGUUUGUUAUUUUUUUCACCAGUUAUCUAAUAAUGGAAGAGUAGUGUUGGCUUGUGUACAACUGAGGCGAUAUGAGCACGAAAAAGUAUUAAUUGUUUCGGUGGUGAUUUAAAUAAUUAGUGUUAGGAACCAAAAUGGUAUGCAUUCAAAUUCGGUUUAGUAGAUAACUGCUCUAUGAAUCAAGCCACAGACAAUCUUGUGAUUAUUUUAUAAGUGGCUAAUUCGCCACAACAGGAGAACGCCUUCGAAUUAUUUCUUUACGUCAUCGGACUUCCGGCGAGGGCAAAAUGUGGCUCUAUUUAGUCAACUUCAGCGUAACUCUAAUAGUAGUACUGGGUCGUUUAGACCGAGAUAUCGGACACCCUUGUCCAGGACCGCCCGAUAAAGGUCCUUGCAACAGAGCCCUUUACAAAUGGGCGUACGACCAUGAUAAAAAUAAAUGCGUAUUAUUUGCAUGGGGAGGCUGUGCUGGUAACAAUAAAAAUAGGUUCAAUACGGAAAUACAAUGUAUACGAAAGUGUAUUUCACUGAAAUACCGUUCCUUCAUCUCGGGGAAUUACACGGUACCAAAAGAAAAGCGCGGCCCCGAACUGACCUUCCAGGAAACGGGGAACGAGAACACGUUCAUGUUCGCCCAAUCGAACACUUUUAUUCAAAUCGACGGUGACAUAAUCCAAACUUUUCAAUUACGGCUGUGUCGGCAGAUUUCUUUCCAGUUUAGGACCAGACUCCCACAUGGGCUCUUAGUCUACCACAAUGUUAAAGUCCCAGCGGGCGUUUCCUUGCAGCCCUAUGCCCUCUACAUCAUCGUGGAACAGGGCCAGCUUAAGGUCGUCCACGUCUACGGCAAACACCUAACAGCACUGACCGUCGGUCGUGGACUCAACAGAGACGAGUGGCAUUCAGUGACUGUCAGAAUAGACGUGCACGGGGCCCGUCUGAUGGCCACUGUGGACGACCAGAAGGAAGAAACCAACCUCCGGGGCCUCGACAAAGAAAACAACUACGGGGUUUCCGCAAACGUUACCUCGGUGAUUCUCAUCGGCGGACUCAGCUCAGAGGAGCGUCUGCAUGGUGUUAAAUACAUAAUUGAGUCGUUUGUUGGCUGUAUUAAGGACGUGGUGCUGAGCACAGGCAAAUCAGCUUCCGAUCUUUUGACCAUAAGUCCGCUAAUUGCGACCAAGCACGAAAAUGUGCAAGAAGGGUGCAUCGACAAGUGCAAAACCACAGAGAAUUUGUGCUUCCGGGGCUCCCGGUGCAUAAAUCAUUACAACUCGCUCACGUGCGACUGCUUUGGGACCCUCUACGAAGGAGAGUUUUGUGAUAUUUAUGCUGCUACAGUAUUAACUCUUCGAGGAUCAUCCUACGUCUCCUACAGAGUGUACGACUGGAAAGACCGCGUCCACUCGUCAAUAAACCGCUUUUCAAUGCUCUUCAAGACCCGAUUCGACGACUCUGCCCUGUUCUACGCCGCUGGGGGCGAACACGAGCGCAUUGACCACUACAUCGCUGCUUCAAUUUACAACAACUCGGUGUACAUCGAGCUGGAUUUCGGGGCGCAGCCCAUGUCCCAAAUCCUGGGCCAAAGCGACGACUUCCAGCCGAACCAGUGGAACAACUUGACCAUAUUCCACGACCACGACAAGAUCCUCCUGAGCCUCAACCAGGAAAAAAUCUGGCUGAACCUCACCGGCUCCCCCAUGUUGUACAUCGACCCCGAGAUCUACAUCGGGGGCGGCCCCGAACUCCAGAAGAAAACCGGUCUUAAGUCCAAGAACAACUUCGCCGGAAGCCUCAAGUACGUCUUCUUCAACGACAUCUCCAUCAUCUACGAACUCAACAAGAACAACCCCAAAGUGCACUACAUCGGCAUCCUGCGGCCGGAGUACGAGGAAAUCGACGUGAAGGAAAUCCCAAUCACGUUCCCCUUCGCUUCGUCGCACAUCUGGUGGUUGAACAACUACAUCAACAACUUGUUCCUCACCUUCAACUUCAAAAGCAGCAGCAAUUUGAGCGUUUUGGCUUCAAGUGAAACCAAAACCAAAUUAUACUGGGAAGUGCGUGUAGUGAAUGACGAGGUGCGAUUUGAAUUGACCGACAUGGCCAAGAACACCACGCAUUUAAUCAGUGUGAAGAAGACGCCGAAAAUUUGGCAUUUCCUCAACCUGACUUACUUCAACGGCGAGGUCAUUCUGCGAGUUGACGAUAAAGAGAAACAGGAGAAGAUUGAGGACUUGAAUUUUGCGAUUGGGGAUAAGAUCAAGGUCGGGAGUGGCUCCAGGUCCAACACUGGGCUUGUGGGCUGCAUGAGGGACAUCACAGUCAAUGGAGCUAGUUUAGAACCCAGGUCUGUGUUACAGUCCGAACGAGUUGUAGGUGAGGUGACUUUGGACGACUGCAAGUUUGUAGACCCGUGUUUGCGCCCAAAUACGUGCGAACACGGCGGGAAAUGUUCCGUUAAGGAGGAUAAGCUCAUUUGUGACUGCACUGACAGCGGUUACACCGGGAAAAAUUGCCACUUUGCGCAGUACCGGAAAACAUGCGAGGAACUGGCUUUGCUAGGAUACACGAAACCUGACGUUUAUUUGAUUGAUAUUGACGGUAACGGGAAGUUUCCUCCAGCUCACGUCCGCUGUGAGUUCCAGAGUAUCGAAGAGUCGACCAAGACCAUAGUGGAACACAACCUCCCGAGUCAGAUCGAUGUGAGGUCGCCUUCUGAGAGCGAUUUCAGCUUCACUAUUAAAUACCGGGAGUUUACGCCAAACAUGCUACAAGAGCUAGUCUCACACUCGUUGAACUGUAGCCAAUACAUACGGUACGACUGUUUCAAGGCGCCACUGGGGUUACACUCGGCCACCUGGUUUAUAAGUUCGGCCAACGAAACUGUCGAUUUUAUCGGAGAUGUUAAACGAGGGACGUGCCCUUGUUCCAUUGGGAAAAAGUGUGAGAACCCUUCACAGUGGUGCAACUGUGAUGACGCUGCUGACGAUAAAUGGAACACAGAUGAUGGGUAUUAUACUACAGCCAAAAGUCUGGGCAUAACUCAAAUGGUGUUUUUGCAACCACCUGACCUACCAAAUGAAGCCCUGGGUAGGGUAACUUUAGGGCCCUUGGAGUGUGUUGAAACUAACACUCAAAGGUAUGUGGUUACCUUUACUACAAGUCAGUCGUAUAUUGAGGUGCCAGGCUGGAGGAAAGGGGACUUGGCUUUCUCCUUCAGGACUACCGGCAAAAAGGCCAUUCUGUUAUAUCAGCCCCCGAUAAGACCCAAUUAUCCCAGCUUUAUGAUUGCUUUAACAAGCGAUUCCCAGCUGACGUUCAACUUCACUCUGAACACGGGCGUUUCAAAGGAGUUGGUGAUCAUCUCCGACCGGAAAUUAAACGGCGGGGAGUGGCACAAGUUAUGGAUUGAUUACAACAAGUACCAUGUGCGACUUAUGAUCAACGAGGACCAAGAAAUGGAUGAUUUGAAGCCGGAAGAAGAGUUUGGGCCGUUUGAAGGGUCAAUGUUUAUCGGGGGUGCACCAACCAAUUUGCUAGAUCCCAAAACUUCGGUCCACCAGGGCCUAAUAGGUUGUUUCAGAGGUCUGGUGGUGAACGAGGAAAUUCUGGAUAUUUACAGCUACAUGAGCGUACAUUUGAGUGAAAUUAUCAAAGAUUGCAAGCCCUCCUGUGUGCCCAACCCGUGCCAAAAUGGGGCGCAAUGUAAGGAGUUGUGGAGCACUUUUGAGUGCAUUUGCCCGAAUCCGUGGGCCUAUAAGGGGAUUUAUUGCGAAACGAAUAUUAACGUAAACGCGCUAACUUUUACAAAACCGGAAUCGUUUCUGCGUCGCAAUUACUUAAACACGGAAGACGAGAACGACAAACUGGCCCUUAAGAAAAUAUUCGAGGAACAAAUCCUAAUAAACCUUCGAACCUACGACGAACUAGCCUUAAUUUUUUACGCUAACGACCAUUUGAACAACUUCGUCCAUUUAUUCAUCUGCAACGGCACCCAAGUGGUGUUCUUAUUCAACUUCGGGAGUGAAAUCUACGACUUAUCAGUCGAACAUCCGGAGUUAAAUUCAAGUAAAUCGAUACAGAUUGCAAUCCAACGCGGAGAAAACAUGACCACAAUGUACGUCAAUGAAAACAACAACAGUAUCCCUAUCGGGGUCUCGCUCCUGGGGACGUACUCGAACAAGCCUUGGAUCAAUCCUGAGAAAGAGGUUUUGGCCCCGCAAAGGCCACCCGCGCCUCCCACUGAAUAUUUUCAAUUAAAUUUGGGCGGAUAUGACCCCGAAACUUUGUUAAAAGUGUCGGAGGAUCCGCCCAUUUUGCCCGGAUAUGUGGGGUGUAUGAGAGGCUUUCAAAUUGGACAAACGCUCAUAGAUCUUCCGUCGAAAGUUACGGAGGUUGAUGAAGGCGUCAAGGCGAACUGCAACAUGAAAUGUGAUGCACUUCCCUGCAAACAUGGGGGCAUCUGUAUUGAGAAUUUCCGAAAUCAGGAGCAUUCCUGCGACUGCGAACACACGAGUUAUUACGGGGAGUUUUGUUCGGAUGAAAAGGGGGCUGAUUUUAGUGGCGAGUCAAUUCUCUGGCGGGAAUAUAUCCUUAAUGGGUCCGUAGACCACGUUAAAAUUCAAUUGGCUUUCUCUAGCAUGGACAUAAGGCAGAAAAACACAGCUUUGUUGCUUUUGCAGACAGAGAACAAUCGAAGUUUUUAUUUCUUGAUAGGUUUGAGUCCUGAAGGAUAUUUGAUCAUACAAGAGGAUAGAGAAGGAGCGGUUUUUGCAGCUGUUGUUCAAAAUAAAAGUUUUAUUAAUGGGGCACGACAUUCGGUGUAUUAUCGGAGAGAUCACAACGAAUCCGAGUUGCUGGUCGAUCGAAAAAUAAUAGAAAUGCAUCAGAUUCCAGCACAGACUUUUACCAAUGUGCCAGAGUUGGGGGCCAAUGAGGUGCAAAUUGGCGGACAUAAUACGAAUGACCCAAGGUUUGCGAUAUACAAGGGCUACAGUGGAUGUCUGUCAAACAUAUUUAUUGAAGUUAACGAGCACGUAAUGAAACCUCUAGAAGAAUACAUGCUGUUCACAAAAACCGGCUCCGAAAAAGUCAACGUUUCGAACCCCCAUGGCGUCCGCAGCGCCCAGUGCAGCCCCCAUUUCGACGUCUUACACGAAAAAAACCCAGGAACCACCAAUCUCAACAUUAGUCAAGGUAAGGACAAAACAUGGGUGGAAGACGCACCCCAAAGAAUUGUUUACACAUCGGACGCGUCCACUGCAACCGAACAGGAAGAAGGAAUCGACAAAAUAGUCGUAGUUGUCCUUUCUGUCUUUUUCGUAUUCAUCAUCAUCUGCUGCAUUUACGAGCUGUAUCGCACGGACAAGGCCUACAAGAGGCGUAAAGAACUCGAAACAGACGCUAAUAUUUUAUGGUCGAAGGAACAAGCUGCCAAAAUGCAGGAAACACCAUUCGUGCAGGUGCCACCGGAAACUGUAACAAAGCCGCCAACGCAAAACGGCAAGUUGCCAAACGAAAUCUCAAACGGGAACACUAAUAAGGAUAAUGAGACAAUUGUGACAACGGCGGAAGUUGCGCCGGUUUUGGAAGAGGUUCCCACGAAACCUCUGAAAAGACAAGACAGUAAAAGAGACAGGAGAAUUAGCUUCAGAGACAGUGCGAGUGAAUUGGCCUGGGACACGCCUGAAGAAAGCUCCGAGCUCUUAAGCCCAAUGCAGGAGGAAGACGAGGAGGAAGAGCCCGAAUCAGCGCACAAACCCAUUUCUAACGGAAAUCACAAAAGUGUUAACGAUGUUAACGACGAGAUUAGUGAAGAAGAGCAAUUGAGAGCAAAGGCAUCCUUGGAAAAGCUUUUUAGGUUUGGUAAUGUCCCAAAACCCGUAUUCCUCAACGAUCACCAAAGAAAAUUUGCUAACCCCAUUAGUUACUUAGGAGGACCCAGAAUGGCUCCACGGAACCGUUGGAGUGUAGAAAGUGUGCUGUCCUUAGAUUAGUUGUAACAAAUUCUAACUGUAUUUAAAAAAUAAAAAAUCAUUUAAUAAACCACUUACAUCUCCA